UCCAGAGCGCGGAGCGCGGCGCGGCGGCCGGGUGUCGGGACGAACAGGCCCGCCCCUGGAGUUGUGCUCGGCGGGUUCCGAAGCCGCCCCCCGUGCCCCUGGACGGAGAUGCCGCAGCGCUGCACAGGGGACAAGGCCGCGGUCUCCCUGCCGCCCCUGGUCUUCCGGAGCCCACCCUCGGCCGCGGUCACGGAUGCCCCGGGCAGGCGGGUGUCCCCCGGCUCGGCCCUGAGCCCGGGCGCCCCGGGGUCCGCGGCCCUCAGCCCCCUGGACCCGUGCAGCCAGCCGCUGUGCCGGCCGCAGGCGGAGAAGCGCGCCCGGGCGGCCCCCGACAUGCACUACGUGGCGGCCGGGCCGCAGGGCGCGGCGUGUGGCUGGCGGGCCUUCGCGCCCGGGUGCCUGCAGGCCUUCAACACGCCGCGGGGCUUCCUGCUGUUCCUGUGCGCCGCCGCCUUCCUGCAGGGCAUGACGGUGAACGGCUUCAUCAACACCGUCAUCACGUCCAUCGAGCGCCGCUACGACCUGCACAGCUACCAGAGCGGCCUCAUCGCCAGCUCCUACGACGUGGCCGCCUGCCUGUGCCUCACCUUCGUCAGCUACUUCGGCGGCAACGGACACAAGCCGCGCUGGCUGGGCUGGGGCGUGCUGGUCAUGGGCGCCGGCUCGCUGGUGUUCGCCCUGCCCCACUUCACCGCGGGCGCCUACGACGUGCAGGCGGCCGACGGCGUCGGGACGUGCGGGGCCAACCGCAGCGUGGCGUGCGCGGACGGCGCCUCGGGCCUGUCGGGCUACCGGCUGGUCUUCAUGCUGGGCCAGUUCCUGCACGGCGUGGGCGCCACGCCGCUCUACACGCUGGGUGUCACCUACCUGGACGAGAACGUCAAGUCCAGCUACUCUCCUGUCUACAUCGCCACCUUCUACACGGCGGCCAUCCUCGGGCCCGCCGCCGGCUACCUCAUCGGGGGCGCCCUGCUGAACGUUUACACGGACGUCGGCAGCCGGACGGAGCUGACCACCGAGAGCCCGCUGUGGGUCGGCGCCUGGUGGGUGGGCUUCCUGGGCGCGGGGGCAGCUGCCUUCCUCACCGCCAUCCCCAUCCUCGGCUACCCUCGCCAGCUGCCAGGCUCCCAACGCUACGUGGUCAUGAGAGUGUCUGAAACACACCAGCUGAAGGACAGCGGUCCCACGGCCGUCAGCAACCCCGACUUCGGGAAAACCAUCAGAGACCUGCCUCUCUCCAUCUGGCUCCUCCUGAGGAACCCCACCUUCAUCCUGCUGUGCCUGGCCGGAGCCACCGAGGCCACGCUCAUCGCCGGCAUGUCUACCUUCGGCCCCAAGUUCCUGGAGGCCCAGUUCAGCCUGAGCGCCUCGGAGGCUGCCACCUUGUUUGGGUACCUGGUGGUGCCAGCGGGCGGCGGCGGAACAUUUCUGGGCGGCUUCUUCGUGAACAAGUUCAAGCUCCGCGGCGCGGGCAUCAUCAAGCUGUGUCUGCUGUGCACCCUGACCAGCCUGCUGGCCUUCUUCGUCUUCUUCAUCCACUGCCCCAACGUGCCCAUGGCGGGGGUGACGGCCAGCCACAGCGGCAGCCUCCUGCCCGACGGCCACCUGGACCUGACGGCCCCCUGCAACGCCGACUGCGCCUGCCGGCCCGAGCACUACAGCCCCGUGUGCGGCUCCGACGGCCUCACCUACUACUCGCCCUGCCACGCGGGGUGCCCCGGGGCGGCCGUGCCCAGCCCGGGCGGCCAGAAGGUGUACCGAGACUGUAGCUGUGUCCCUCAGAAUUUUUCCUCUGGUUUUGGCCAUGCUACUGCAGGGAAAUGCACCUCAACUUGUCAAAGAAAGCCCCUCCUUCUGGUUUUCAUAUUCGUUGUAAUUAUCUUUACAUUCCUCAGCAGCAUUCCUGCGCUGACGGCAACGUUACGGUGCGUCCGCGACCGGCAGAGAUCCUUCGCACUGGGCAUCCAGUGGAUCGUGGUUAGAACUCUAGGGGGCAUCCCGGGGCCCAUCGCCUUCGGCUGGGUCAUUGACAGGGCGUGCCUGCUGUGGCAGGACCAGUGCGGCCAGCAGGGCUCCUGCUUCGUGUACCAGAACGCGGCCAUGAGCCGGUACAUGCUCGUCUCCGGGCUGGCGUACAAGGUGCUGGGCUUCCUGUUCUUCACCAUCGCCUGCCUCCUGUACAAGCCUCCCUCGGAGUCUCCCGACGGCCUGGGCGCCUCUCUGCCCAGCCAGUCCUCGGCCUCCGACAACGCCAUGGACCUCCCGGAUGCCCCCUCGGCCCUCCAGCCCCACAGUGACGUCUGACGGGGCGCUUCCCGAGGACACCGAUUUCUCCCCAGAAGGGCUGACCCCUCGCCGGUUGAUGCCACAGUGCUGAGGACCCUCCGGGAAUCUCCCACUGGAUGCUGAGGGGUCUGCGCUGGUGGUGGACGCACGUGAGUCUCAAAGGCGCCCAGGAGAGAGAACGCGAGGCGCAUCCGCAGUGGGCACAGCUUCCCUCGUGGUCCCCGGGGACCGGGCUGAUGGUCUCUCCUGAGGAAGAACGAGGCCCAGCGGCCCCUCCCUUCCCGGUCCUCGCCCGGUGGACGGACGGACAUAACCGCACAGCACUGAAUUUUCCCGGGGGCUCCGGAACUCUGGACACGUUAACAGCCGUGCUUUCAAAACAACCUAUGCAACCGUACCGCGCUGUUAGCUCUAGAAAGUGCAAAGCCCCCUGCAGGCCGAGGCCGAGCUCUCCAGGAGCCUGCGGGCCUGCACACCAGGCGCCCCAACGGUCGAACCACUGGCUGAGAAGUACAAAGCCCGGCCCCCCGCAGCCUCGGGUGUGGUUCACCGCAUCCUGGGGGCAGCCUGGCCCCUUCCGGGGGUUCUCCUGCAAAGCGGAGCAGCUGCGAGGCCGUCCCCGGGGUCUUGGUCCCGCUGGAGCCGCCUGCCUGGGGUGUUCAGACCUGCUGUCCCCUCCUGUCCUCGGAGCUGCUGCAGGACGGGAGCCACUUGCAUAUGUAGAUAUUUAUGAACCAAUAUUUUGCAUCACCUUAUUUAUAGAAUCUGUUUUAUACCUGAGAGUGCGGUGGGCAGAGUGGCACAGUCAGCAGGCACCUGCGAAUUCUGCUGGGAGGACGUCGGGACUUCCGUGGGACGUUGGUUCCCAGGUGUCCUCAGUUAAAAUUACGUGUAUAUAAAUAUAUUUUAAUAUUUAAAACGUA